AUCCAAGAUGGCGGUCCCUGGCUGCGUAUUUUUGUUGACGAAAUCAUCUUGCCUCAAUUGUCAGUUAUAUACUCUCUGAUAUAUUUCAUCAGGAAGUAGGACUGCUACAUGUGUAGAACAAGAACGGCUACUUUGCUCAUUCAGGUCAGGACUGAAGGAAGGACACCACAGUAGAGUCGACUGUUCGCCCUCCUAUCUCACCAGUGCCUCAACGCCGGGAUGGCUCCUAUCAUGGGUGAUGUGAUGCGCCUGUGCUGCGAAAUUUCAGCUCACGAUCAGAUCAAGGUCGCAGUGAAAAACUCCACCAAAGGAGCGAUGAUGGCAGGAGGAACAGCCUUUGUGGGCGGGCUGCUGGGUGGACCUGCGGGGAUCGCUGUCGGUGGAGCAGUGGGCGGUCUCUUGGGCAGCUGGAUGACCAGCGGUCAGUUCAGGCCUCUGCCUCAGAUCCUGAUGGAGCUGCCACCCAACCAGCAGAAGAAGCUCUGCGACGACAUUAUGGCCGUCCUAGGCAACCUGAACUGGACGGACGCGGCCCAGCUCAUCGCCCUCGUGAUGGGGAACGCCACUCUCCAGCAGCAGGUCACCGCUGCGCUGCUGAACUACAUCUCUAAAGAACUCAGAGCAGAGGUCCGUUAUCAAGACUGAGUCAUGGAUACAGACGGACUUUUCAGGAUUUCAGAUUAGGUUUUAAAAACACCAACACAAUCCUUUUUGCACUCGGCUGGUACUCGGCAACUACAGUGAUCAUAGCAACUUGUCUGUGUAACUCAAUAAUGACUGGAUAGAGAAUAUUUAGUAUGACAGGUGGACUUCAACGUCAGUUUUCCUCUCUGCCUUUUCAACCUCUGUAUAAUAAUGUUUAUUCUGGAUUACAACAUAAUGUUCUCACUAUACACUACUGUGCAAGAGUUUAGAUUCUUCUCCAUCACACACUGCAGCAGGGCAACGAGCCCAACACACACACAGAGUCAUCAAGAACUUUCCUCUGUGAAAAGUCCUGCAACAGAGUCCUGAUCCCAGCAGCAUGGAGUCAGUCUGGGAUCACAUGAAGAGACAGAAGACACUGUGGCACAUUCUCCAAGACACUUGGAGCAAUCAGCUGACUGCCUUAAAAAACUGUUCACAAGUGUACCGAGGAGAACUGGUGCAGUCACACCAGAUAUAGUUUUGAUUUAGAAUUUUUGUGUGAAGGUAAUUGAUCAAUAAAAACUAUUCAUGGCUUUA